AUGGGGCGAAAGCUUGGUCUCUUCCGGGCUAUUUGCCUGGUGUCUGCUAGUUGCAUGGGCUCUUUUGCCUUUGCCUUUGACACCGGUGUCAUCAGCGGCGUCCUCACCUUAUCCUCAUUUCAGAAUGAUUUCGGAUAUACUACAGCUCAGAAGACCUCGGUGAAUUCCAAUGCUGUUUCCAUCCUUCAAGCGGGCGCUUUCUUCGGCUGCUUCUUCACGACUCCCAUUGCGAAGUAUCUCGGUCGACGACUUGGGCUCAUUGUUAGCUCCUUGGUCUUUACUGUUGGCACCAUCCUGCAGGUCGUCAACUCCCACACGCUGGGCACCUUCUAUGCUGGUCGUGUUAUCGCCGGACUCGGCAUUGGAGCUGCUACUGUCUUGAUUCCAGUGUACGCGGCCGAGAUGUCGCCCAAAGAGCUCCGGGGUCGGCUCGGGGCAUGCUUCCAGCUCUUCUUCACUCUGGGGGUCAUGAUCGCAUACUGGGUGACAUACGCUGUGGCCAAGGAUCAGCCGUCCGCGACCAAACAAUGGCAGAUCGCGCUGGGUCUGCAAUUGCUGCCUUCUUCCCUCCUUCUGUUCGGGAUGUUGGCCGUCAAAGAGAGUGCCCGCUGGCUCGCGUCCAAAGGCAGGAUUGACCAAGCCCGGGAAUCGCUCAAAUGGGUCCGCGGCGGCGAGGAGACCGAAGAGCUCCAACAGGAGUUCGACGAGAUCCUGGCCGGCAUCGCGGAGGAAGCCCGCAUCAAGGAGGGCUUCACUCUCCGCGAGCUGCUCCUCCCGGCCAACCGGUACCGCCUGUUCAUCGCCUUCACCAUCCAGCUCGCCGCUCAACUGACGGGCAAUACGUCAUUGGCAUACUACGCGACCCAGAUUUUCUCGGCGGUCGGGGCCGGCAAUUCCAGCAAGCUCGUGACGGGCUUCUUCGGGCUGGUCAAAGUGGUUGGCGUGUGCGUCUUCCAGCUCUUCGUCCUCGACCGCGUCGGCCGCCGCUGGCCGUUCAUGGUCGGCGCUGCCGCCAUGGGCUCCUUCAUGCUCAUCAUCGCCUGCGUGCUCGCCACCCACCCGACCAACGCGUCAGCUACGCACGCCUCCCCGGCCGGCAUCGCCAUGAUCCUUAUGACCUACUGCGAAGCCUUCAGCUACAACAUGUCCUGGGGUCCGCUCCCCUGGCUGUACGUCGGGGAGAUCUUCAGCAGCCGCAUGCGGGAGAUCGGGGUCACGGUGGGGGCGGCGUCGCAGUGGUUGUUCAAUUUCAUGAUGUCGCAGAUCACGCCGCAUGCGAUCGACAACGUCGGGUGGCGGAUGUUCCUGAUGUUUGCCAUCUUCAAUUAUGCGGUGGUGGUCUACGCGUAUGUAUUUUUGAAAGAGACCUCGCAAUACUCCCUAGAGGAGAUGCAGCAUGUCUUUGGUGGAGAUAGGUCUCCUGCGGCUGAGAAGAUCGUAGAGACUGGCGAGGCGGGCCGGGCCUCUGGAGAAGCAACAGAGGAGACUGGUGGGCACACGCAUGUCACGACGCCGAAGGUGGAAUGAGACCGGGGUCAGUGGGGGUGCAUAUGGGUGGGGAUGCUUCCUGACCGUCAUCGACAAAUUUGAGCUCGAUAAAUCUCAUUAUCUAGACAGUAACUGAAUGAGGACUUUAAUCCUCUUUGCUUUUGCUGCGAGGGAAAGAACGAGCUUGUUGCGCACGCGUCUUUCAGUGAGUUAUAGUGUGCCCGACAGGUACGGCUACUCUUUCUAUAAAGGAUCCGCAGUGAUCGGUCUGGAUUUCACUGCCGCUGAGACUGGAAACCCAGAAAUAUGGAUAUUAGAGUUGAAUACUACGAACGCGAUCAAGUGAACCGAGACAAUUGCUCUUGAUACUCGCCGUUUGUCCGAUACCACCCUUGUGAGGCGAUGAACAGAAGAAACAAACAGUUUAAGCAAGGAUGUCUACAUCUCUUUUCCUCUGAGGGGUCAACAUAUGCCUGGUUUGUAAUAAAGGAACAAUAGAGAGUAUUUC